AUGAGUGCAAAUCAAUGGAGUUGGGCGCCGGCUUCGGCCGAGGGCCUUUUAACUGAAAAGGAAUGCUCAAUGCUGCUCGAAAUAGAUCUUUUUGACACCAAUGAAGAUCUAUUCAAGUCGUUUUCUGGCGCUGCACCGAAGAUCGAAUCGGGCAAGUUCCUGCAGGAUGACUUAUCAAACUCUCUUUACCCGCCAUCUCCGCCCGAGACGAAGCCCAGCCCGGCUGAGCUUGCCAACGAUAUUCUGCAGCAGCUGGAAACGCAAUGCAAAGAAGAAAACAUAUUUCCAAACUGGUUGGAGGAAAAAGUGGAGCUCCCUGUGUUUGAGAACAUCAGUCAAGUGCCCGACCGCGUAGAAGUACCACUAGUGCCUCUGCAGGUGCCUUCUGUGGCUUAUCCGCCGCAGACGGUAGCGCAGCCGACCGAGGAGGAACUUUUGCGCGAAUUCGAAAAUGUUUACGACGCCGUCGAGUUGACUCACCUCACGCCGCCGCAGAGCCCCCCCGGACCGGCCACUCAACUCCUUCUGAGCUACGCCCAACACGCUCAGUGCGCGCCUCUCGCGCAAUCUCUACAAAUACAACAAGUAGAGCAGUGGCCAAUCACUUCGGCGCCCGUGACGACGGACUACGAUUACGACUCGCAGUCUCUCGAGGAGCUAAUCCGCCACGGCGCCGCUCAGCUCGCUUCGCCUCAGCCCGGGAGCUCCUCCGCUUCGCCUCACUCGUCGCCCGCGUCCUCCCCUCGCUCGUCCAGCACCGACGAGGAUUGGUGCAUCCCGUCCCGCCCUAAGCCGUACUCCCGCAACGUCGACGACCGCCGUUCCCGCAAGAAGGAACAGAACAAAAACGCGGCCACUCGAUACCGUCAGAAAAAGAAGGCGGAAAUCGAAGUACUCCUCAACGAAGAGCAGGAGUUGCGCAAGCGACACACUGAACUCGGUGAGAAGUGCUCCGAUGUCCAGCGCGAGAUCAGAUACAUCAAGGGACUCAUGCGCGACCUCUUUAAAUUAAAAGGACUCAUAAAA